CAUGGCCAGCAAGAAAAAGCAACUUUUUAAAAUCAUCAUCUUAGGUGAUUCAGGGUAAAUUUGAAUCUUAAUUUAACUUUUAGAGUAGGUAAAACUUCUUUGAUGAAUUAAUAUGUUAAUGCUAGGUUUACAUAAUAAUAUAGAGCAACAGUAGGAGCAGAUUUUAUGGCAAAAGAAGUUAUGAUUGAUGAUAGAAUGGUAACACUUUAAGUAUGUUGAUAAUUUAAAUAUUUGUUAGAUUUGGGAUACAGCAGGUUAAGAGAGAUUCCAAUCAUUAGGUGGUGCAUUUUAUAGAGGAGCUGAUUGUUGUGUAUUAGUUUACGAUAUUACAAAUCCAAAAUCAUUUGAUUCUUUGGAUUCUUGGAGAGAUGAAUUUUUAAUGUAAGGUUAACCAAAAGAUCCAGAACAUUUUCCUUUUGUCGUUUUAGGAAAUAAAUUGGAUAAAGCAACAGAAAGAAAAGUUUAAGAAUCUAAAAGUUAAUAAUGGUGUAAAUCACAUGGAAACAUAUAAUUCUUUGAAGUAUCAGCUAAAGAUGCAACUAAUAUAGAAUAAGCUUUUCAAGACAUUGCUAAAGCAGCUGCAAGUUAAGAAAAAGAUGAAGAAAUGUAUUUUUAUCUUUCUAUUUUAGAUUUUUCCCUACAACUGUGACACUAACUAAAUAAGACCCCAAGAAAUAGACAAAAUAAGGAGGAUGCUGUUGAUU